CGGCAAUAUUGUACAUAGCCAAGUUUAUAUAUUACAAGUACAUAGCCAUGUUAUUUAUAUUAUCUACUCUUGACAUAGCGCAUUGAGUUUGAAGUUAGCACUACUACUAGGCCUACUACUGAAGGGGUCGUUGUCGUAUCAGCAGAGCCAUGGAAAUUGAGGAGGAACAGGACCGGCCCACGCCUGAAAUGUCACUGACUGGUUUCCUGUUUGGAAACAUUGACAAGAAGGGUCAACUUGAAGAUGAUGUUCUGGACUCGGAAUCGAAACAGCAUCUAAAUGGAUUGACUCAGCUGAGCGGUAUUGGUUCGAUGGUGGAACAGCUGACCAAGGAUGAAGAAGAAAACAAGAGUCAAGACUCUGACACAGACGGUGAUUCCACCCAGGAGAGCAGUGACGCGUUCGCGCACAAGGCGAGUUCCGCGGUCGAUUAUUCGGACAUCAAUGAGAUGGCCGACGACAGUGACGAGGCAAAGUUCCGCAGCGCCAUGGACGCGAUGCAGAUGCAAGCGCCCCCUGUCGCCAAAGUCGACGACGACGACUACGACGCCGACGAUGAUGAUGAGAAAGAGAAGGUGGACUCCAAGUUGAUGCCGCCGCCAGCUGCGCCGCCGGUCAAGUCGGAGGAGAAAGCCGACGGGAAGGAUGGCAGGGAGGAUAGAGCUGGAGGUGACCAACAACUGGAGAUCAUGGACGAUUCGAGGGUGGAUGCCCCUCUUGCUGACAUGAUGCCUCCUGAACUCAAGAACAUCGACGUGAGGGAGCUAUUUCCUGCUUUCCGACCAGGCAAGGUUCUGCGAUUCUCGCGGCUCUUCGGUCCUUCGGGCCUCUCCCAGGUGUGGCGCGGCGUAAAGAAGAAGCGAAGGAAGCCCGCGCAGCAGCAGCAGGAGGAGGAGCAGGCCGGCGGCGAGGGGGAGGCGCGGCGUGACGAGGAGGAGGAGGAGCCGGCAGAGAAGAGAAGCCGCGGCUUCGACGUCGAAGACCCCGGCGACCCGCCGAGUCCGUCGGAGUGCCUGACCGACGACGAGAUUCACAUGAUGGAGCCGGAGAAGAAGGAGGUGCAGGAGGAGGAGCACAGCAUCGCUAAGCAGGAUCGUCUGCCGAAGGUGGCGCCGUGGCGAUACGGACCCGCGCAGCUGUGGUACGACAUGAUGGGCGUGUCAGAGGAUGGCGACGGAUUCGAUUACGGCUUCAAGCUGAAGAAGAAGAAGAAGAAGAAGAGGAAAGAAGACGGUGAAGAUAAAGGUCCUCCAAUGCCUGAGGUCGUCGAGAAGGAUCCGUUCAACAUGUCUAACGACGAGUACUACAACCCGAAGCUAACGCUGGACAACGCGCUGAGGCACAACGUGGGCGGAGGCGGCAUGCUGCAGCACUCUACGCCGGCGAUCGAGCUGAGGCAGCCUUUCUUCGUCACGCACCUCGGCCCGAUGCGACUCCGCAACUGGCACCGGCAACCCCUGAAGAAGUACUCUCACGGCAUGAUGGCUCAGCCGGGACCGCAUCCCGUGCAUCCGCUGUUGAAACAGAUCAAGAAGAAAGCACGGGUGAGGGAGCAGGAACGGCAGGCGUCCGGCGGCGGAGAGAUGUUCUUCAUGCGCACGCCACAGGACCUCACGGGCAUGGACGGCGAGCUCGUGUUCUUCGAGUAUUCCGAGGAACACGCGCCGGCGAUGAUGAACGCAGGCAUGGCGACGAAGAUCAAGAACUACUACAAGCGCAAACCAGGCAAAGAUUCGGGAGCCCCUGAGCUACCGUACGGUGAGCUGUCAUACGCUCACACAUCACCCUUCCUCGGUUCUCUUGCUCCUGGCCAGUGCCUGCAGGCGACAGAGAACAACAUGUUCCGAGCUCCGAUCUAUCCACACGAGAUGCCGCAGACGGACUUUCUCAUCAUACGCACCAGGCAACACUACUACAUUCGUGAGGUGAACACGAUCUUCACGCUGGGGCAGCUGGCUCCGUUGCUCGAGGUGCCCGGACCAAACUCGAAGAAGGCGAAUAAUUUCAUUCGUGACUUCCUGCAGGUGUUCAUCUAUCGGCUGUUCUGGAAAAGUAAAGACGUCCCCCGCAGAAUCAAGAUGGACGACAUCAAGAAGGCCUUUCCUUCUCACUCAGAAAGCAGCAUCAGAAAACGCUUAAAGCUCUGCGCUGACUUUAAACGAACCGGUAUGGACUCUAACUGGUGGGUGGUGAAGCCAGAGUGGCGUCUGCCGACGGAGGAGGAGAUCCGAGCAAUGGUGUCACCAGAGCAGUGCUGUGCCUGGUACAGCAUGCUGGCAGCCGAGCAACGGCUCAAGGAUGCCGGCUACGGAGAGAAGUCCCUCUUCGCCAACGAAGACGACAUGGACAUAGAAGAUUCGCAAGUGAAGAUUGACGACGAGGUAUGGAAGCAUUGGGUGGCCAGCAUAGUUGCCAAGUCCGGCGCUGUGGGCCUGCAGCAGCUGCCGACCGGCCUGACUACGAGCAGCUUGACCGUGAAGUCCGGACCGAUGGGAAACAAGACGGUCGUGCUGAAGCAGAUGCCUCAGGUGCCCCUCGGCUCCGGCGGCAGCGGCGAGCGGGAGCAGCAACAAGCGAACGUCUGGUACUCGAUCUUUCCCGUCGAGAACUCUGAUCUCAUCUACGGUCGCUGGGAGGACGACGUCAUAUGGGACGCGGAGAACAUGGAGAGGAUUCCAACGCCAAAAAUUCUGACCCUUGACCCAAAUGACGAGAACAUCAUCUUGGACAUACCACAAGAUCCCGAUCCAAACGACCAGCAGGGAACGGAAUCACCGACCAAGGAUAAGAAGACGGAGCCUAAGAAGUCGAGAAUCUUGCUAGGGAAGCAUGGUAUAGCUGUGAAACAGGAAGAAGUGGAACCUGACGAGCAAUCGCCGGCGCCCCCUAAGAAGACUGUGACGGGUACGGACGCCGACCUGAGACGACUCAACCUGAAGACGGCCAAGCAGCUGCUGAGGAAGUUUGGGGUGCCGGAUGACGAGAUCAACAAGCUUCCUCGCUGGGACGUCAUAGACAUGGUACGGACAUUGUCCACAGUCCAGUCGAAAGCAGGAGACAGCGAAUCCGCUAUGAGCAAGUUUGCGCGAGGUAACCGCUUCAGCAUAGCGGAGCAUCAGGAGCGCUACAAGGAGGAGUGCCAGCGCGUGUUCGACCUUCAGAACCGCGUCAUGUCGUCGUCGGAGGUACUGUCGACGGACGAGGAGAGCUCGUCGGACGACUCCGUCAUCGAGGAGAUGGCCAAGAACAUGGAGAAGAUGCUGAAGACGAAGAAGAGCACCGUGCAGAUCUCUCACGAGAGGGAGGAGGUCGAGCGAAGGGAGCUGCAGAAGAUGAUGGCAGGGGAAGCCGAGGGAUCGCAGACGGCCGGUGGAAAGAAGAAGAAGCCAGGGAGGAGGGAGAGGGAGGAGGGAGAGGGAGGGGUAAUCGACCUGUACAUGCGCAUACGCGACACGAAGAAUGACCAGUUCAUAUCGCAGUUCGCAGCGCUGGACGAGCAUCAGCGAGAGGAGAUCAAGCGAGAGAAGCGCCGGCUGCAGGAGAAGCUGAGACGCAUCAAGCGUAACGAGAUGAAGGCGCAGCUGCAGCCGUCGUCGCAUACGACUCCGCCGAGGAGGAAGAUGAAGCUGAAGCCCCAGCUCAAGGUGGCGGUGACGGAGGAGCAGGAGGAGGAGAUGGGGAAACACAUUGUGGAGGAUAAGCACGUGAACGUCGAAGGAACGAAGAUCACCGUGCCUCGCAAGCUCGUCGAUCACGUCGACCGUGUGCGCAUGGAAGCCCUCAAGCUGAAGAUACCGAAGCAGCUGAUGAAGCAGGAUCGCAGCAAGCGGCGACGCCCCGGCACCAUCGUCCACUGCGACUACCUGCGCAAACCGAAGCAGUCGGCUAACAGGCGGCGCACGGACCCGAUGGUGACGAUGUGCAGCAUGUUUGAGGGCAUCCUGAGCGAGAUCCGCGAGCUGCCGGACACGGCUCCCUUCCUGUACGCUGUCAACGGCAAGGCCGUGCCCGACUACUACAUCAUCAUCGAGACACCGAUGGAUGUACAGGCCAUCCGCGAGAAUGUCAGGAAGAAGAAAUAUCAGUCGAGGGAGGACUUCCUCGGUGAUAUCAACCAGAUCGUGACGAACAGCAUUCUCUACAACGGUGCCAACCACAUGCUCACCAAGGUUGCUCAGUCGAUGAUGGAUCUCUGUCUGAGGACGUUUGCGGAGAAGGAGGAGAAGCUCAUGCGGCUGGAGAAGGCCAUCAACCCUCUCCUUGAUGACGACGACCAGGUCGCCUUCUCCUUCAUCCUCGAGAAUGUCACGCAGAAGCUCUACCAAGUGCCAGACUCGUGGCCGUUCCACAAGCCUGUCAACAGGAAACUGAUAAAGGACUACUACACGAUCGUUAAGACACCGAUGGACCUCGAUACCGUCAAGAUGAAGCUGCAGAAGCACAAGUACCGCACGCGCGAGGACUACAUGACCGACGUCGAGCUCAUGUGGAUCAACAGCGUCACGUACAACGGCGCCGAACACGCGUUCACCGCCAUCGGUGCCAAGGUCAUGGAGCUAGCCAAGGAGGAGCUGAACGUGGUGCGUGCGU